AUGACAGACUAUGUUGAGACAUUGAUACAUAGUUUUGGAGUAGAGUAUAAAGUUUAUGAGAUUGAUGGAUUUCAAAAUGGACAGGAAAUCAAGAGGGCACUGCUGGUAUUAGGAUGUAACUCGAGCGUACCAGCGGUGUUUAUUGAGAAGGAAUUGGUUGUUGGUGCUAAGAAGGCCAUCAUCCUCAAUCUCAGGGGAGAGCUGAAACAUCUGUUCAGAGACGUGGCAAUAAAUCGAGGAAUCGAGGGCGGAGUCAUGUUACGACAAGGAACCUGA